GUUCUCUCUCGUAGCCUGUGCGUAAAAUCAGACGACGAAAUGACAGAAGUUGCCCCAGCCCCCGCUGCAGCGCCUGCGAAGUCUCCUAAGAAGAAGGCACCACGGCCCAAGAAAACCGGACCAAGUGUGGGCGAGCUCAUCGUCAAAGCCAUUACUGCAUCCAAGGAGAAGAAGGGAGUUUCUCUGGCUGCGCUUAAGAAGGCUUUGGCGGCUGGUGGAUACGAUGUGGAAAAGAACAACGCUCGUGUCAAGGUGGGCAUCAAGAGUCUCGUCGCAAAGGGUACACUGGUUCAGACUAAAGGAACUGGCGCGUCCGGCUCCUUCAAGCUGAACAAACAGGCAGAGGUGAAGAAGCCUGCGAAGAAGGCUCCCGUCAAAGCCAAGAAGCCGGCAGCAAAGAAGCCCGUUGUAGCAAAGAAGCCCAAGAAGCCAGUGGCGAAGAAGCCCGUGGCUGCUGCAAAGAAGUCUCCGAAGAAAGCCAAGAAACCCGCUACGCCUAAGAAGGCAACGAAGAGCCCCAAGAAGGCCAAAAAGCCCGUCGCACCCAAGAAGGCAGCUAAGAGCCCCAAGAAAGCUAAAGCAGCGAAACCCAAGGUGGCCAAGCCUAAAGCCACCAAAGCGAAAAAGGCUGCCCCCAAAAAGAAGUAAAUGUUGCACUUCACGUGCUGCUCAAUGUAGUUAAAAAAGGCUCUUUUAAGAGCCACCCAAAAUUUCAUUUGAAUGCAUUUCUUCCUGCACAAAUCACUUGUUUAAUGAACAACAU